GGCCCGGGAACCUGGCCAUUCAGCCACCGCUGUCCCCGCCGCUGCGCGCCCUCGCGCCUCUGCCGCAGAAGCCAGGCGCUGUUUCUCCACCUCAGAACAUGGCAAAGGUGGCUAAGGACCUCAACCCAGGCGUUCAAAAGGCACUGUGCUGAGUGCUAAAUUCAAGAUAACGAACAAGAAAGUUUUGGUCCCUGCCAUGGAAAUUUGAGUUUUGUGGAGUUCAUCUCUCAUAAAGAUGUCCCUUGGCCAGCAGCAGUCAGCAAGAGGUGUGCCUUGUUUGAGAUGCAAGGGGACGUGUUCGGGCUUCGAGCCACAUUCGUGGAGGAAAAUAUGCAAGUCAUGCAAAUGCAGCCAAGAGGACCACUGCCUGAGCUCUGACCUGGACGAUGACCGGAAAAUUGGCCGCUUGCUGAUGGACUCCAAGUAUUCCACCCUCACAGCCCGGGUGAAAGGUGGGGAUGGCAUCCGGAUUUACAAGAGGAAUCGGAUGAUCAUGACCAAUCCCAUUGCUACUGGGAAAGAUCCCACCUUUGACACCAUCACCUAUGAGUGGGCUCCCCCUGGAGUCACCCAGAAACUGGGCCUGCAGUACAUGGAGCUCAUCCCAAAGGAGAAGCAACCAGUGACGGGCACUGAGGGCGCCUACUACCGCCGCCGCCAGCUCAUGCACCAGCUGCCCAUCUAUGACCAGGACCCCUCUCGCUGCCGUGGACUUUUGGAGAACGAGUUGAAACUGAUGGAAGAAUUUAUCAAGCAAUAUAAGAGCGAAGCACUGGGUGUGGGAGAAGUGGCCCUCCCCGGGCAGGGCGGCUUGCCCAAGGAGGAGGGGCCGCAGCAGGGAAAGCCAGAGGGCACCGAGCCCACCGCCCCAGCCACCAACGGCAGCAUCGGAGACCCAUCCAAAGAAUAUGUCUGCGAGCUCUGCAAGGGCAUGGCAGCCGCCGACAGCCCCGUGGUGUACUCGGACAGGGCCGGCUACGGCAAGCAGUGGCACCCCACCUGUUUCGUGUGCGCCAAGUGCUCCGAGCCGCUGGUGGACCUCAUCUACUUCUGGAAGGACGGCGCGCCCUGGUGCGGCCGCCACUACUGCGAGAGCAUGCGGCCGCGGUGCUCCGGCUGCGACGAGAUAAUAUUCUCGGAGGACUACCAGCGCGUGGAGGGCCUGGCCUGGCACCGAAAGCACUUCGUGUGCGAGGGCUGUGAGCAGCCGCUGAGCGGCCGGGCGUACAUCAUCACCAAAGGCCAGCUUCUGUGCCCGACGUGCAGCAAGUCCAAACGCUCCUGAAGGGCUGCCCGUCCACGGUCCCACUGGGCCCCACUGAGGAGGGAAGCCACGUGUGCCAAGCCAUCCUGAGGGUCUGACGGGACAGCAAACAACAAAAACCGUGAUUUUUUUUUUUCCAGUGGGAUUAUAUAUACACAUAUGUUCUAGGUUGGCUGCUGAUGGAUCCUUGAGGUUCAAUAGAUUCAAAGCCAGAAAUAUUCUAAGAAGUCUUAGGAUGGAGUUAUUUUAUUUUCGUUGUUGUUUCCCAGCCACCAAACUAAAGAUCCAGUUGGCAUCCUGUGAGGCAUCUCCAGGAGGAGUUUCCCAGAAUGCAAUUCUGAGUGAUCAAAUCACAUAGGUGUAGAAUGUGCUUGCUUUCCGUGAACGCGGGAGCUCCUGCAGGAACAGGCUGGGAUCAACGAUCAUUUCUUGCCUCCUUUUCAAGUGGGAUUUGCAUUUCAAAUAAGUAAAUUUUUUGGCAUGAUAGACAGCAAUAAAAGUUUUAUGGAGUCCACAUA